CAGCCGGAACUAGUGAUGGAGUAGGAAGCUGAAGAUGGAAGCUGCCGUGUUUAUCCUGUCUUUGGUCGACUGCUGCGCGUUAAUUUUCCUGUCGGUGUACUUUAUUAUCACACUGUCGGAUCUUGAAUGUGAUUAUAUUAAUGCCCGGGCCUGCUGUUCAAAGUUAAACAAAUGGGUCAUACCCGAGCUAAUUGGCCAGGCUCUGGCCACAGUGUUGAUGCUAGUCUCCAUGCACUGGUUCAUUUUCCUCCUCAAUCUACCUGUGGCAUCGUGGAACAUUUACAGAUAUGUGAAGGUUCCUAUGGGUAACAUGGGUGUGUUUGACCCUACGGAGAUCCACAAUAGGGGCCAGCUGAAGUCCCAUAUGAAGGAGGCGAUGAUCAAACUUGGUUUCCACCUACUGUGCUUUUUCAUCUACUUGUACAGCAUGAUCCUGGCACUGAUCAAUGAUUGAUGCCCUUCAGACAUACGAACCUAAACUGCCAAAUCAUAAACUGUCCUCUCUGUGCCGCGAAGGACUACAUUCGUCAGUCGCAGCCAGAGCCACAUCAAAACAAAAAAUACACUCCACCAGACAUUCUCAGCAUAAACCCUUCCCCUUACUGUAAAUAACAGUUUUGCAAUCUAAAAGUUGCCCCGGAUCAACUUGAGAGACAUGUGUUCCUAUGUAUUCUUUACUUACACAUUUGCCACGAAGUACAGCUCUAUGUAGUUGCUUUAUUUAGCUUAUUGUUCAGGUGGCUCUAAAGACUACAUUGCUCACAUCAUGCACUGCUUCUCAGGGCUGGAGCAACAUGACAAUCGCACUGACUCAUCGGGGUGACUGAUUGGCUUAGAGCUUGUCAGCAUGUCAUCUUGGCAAGCUUGUCUUAAAUAUGCUGUCAUCGUACAUCGUGUCCACCUGUCUCCAAGAUGGAUGACUUUUUUAUUGUUAGUUGCUGGAAAACUUUUUUUUUUAAAUACAAUGUUUUAUUGUUAGCGAAUUAUCAGAGUAAUUGUGGUUCCAAAUGGGUUAUGUAAUGGGAUAAAUAGGAUAUGUAUUUAAUAAGCACAUCUUACGUUUACAAGCAUGCUCUAAUGUACUUUAAAUUGGAAUAUAUGGUAUUUUGUUACGCCUUUGUUAUGCCUCCAAAGUCACUGUCUCUGUUUUCUGCUUUUAUGGUUGCUAUGUUUUUAGGUAGUUUGAUCACAUUGGUAGACAUAGUUACCUCUGUGCCUUCUGGCUUUCAUUUUAACAAAUGUAUUCAUUCAUCUGUAAAACUGAUUUGCUGAUUUGGGAACCGUUGUCUCAUCCUAGUGUUGGAUUCUCAAAGUGUCCGGUUAGAAUGAAAAACACUAUGCUCAGGGGUAAUAAACUGGGGAACUGCUGGCUUAUUGAUAUUAAUAUACAGUUGGUCAUGAUCUCUCUCAUGGCAGUGUACUAUGGUCUAUUCAGCUGUAGCAUUUCUCACAAGUAAUAAUUCCAUGCGUGCUACCCAAACCGGUCCUGCGAGAUCUGGGGCUCUGCAGAGUUUAGUCCCUGCCAUAAUCAUUAAGUUAAUUAGGGGGUUAGUGGCUUUCAGUCAAGAAUGGCCCAACAUCACAGUUAUCAGCUGAAAGGUCCUGCUCUUUAACACUCAUUGCAAAACAUUGUAGGACAGUCUUUUUCUUUUGUCCCUGAACUGCUAGAUGUUUUACUG